AUGAUACCGGACAUGAUUGCUAGUGUAGAGAUGAUGCUAGAGAGAUGGAUGAUGAACGACGGGAAGGAGAUCGAAGUUCAUGAAGAAUUCAGGAUUCUGUCGUCGGAAGUGAUUUCCAGGACAGCUUUUGGGAGUAGCUUCAAGGAAGGACAACAUAUAUUUGGCAUGCUCAACGAAUUGAUGAUCAUUUCCGAUAGAAAUACAUUCAAAAUGAGUCUUCCAAUAAUAAGUGAUCUAUUCAAAACCAAAGACGAGAAGGUUGCUGUCAGCCUGGACCAAAGAAUUGCAGAUUCAAUUAAGGAAAUGGUGAAAAGUAGAGAAGCAAAGGUAAAAAACAGAGAGGCCGCUGGCUUUGGGAAAGAUUAUCUGGGACUACUUCUCAAGGCUUAUCAUGAUGAAGGGCAAUCCAAUAAGAUUUCUAUAGAGCAAUUGGUCGACGAAUGCAAAACCCUUUAUGUCGCUGGACAGGAAACAACAAACACUUUGCUCUCUUGGAUGGUUCUGCUUUUAUCAAUCCACCAAGAUUGGCAAGAAGAGGCAAGAAAGGAGGUUCUAACUGUAUUUGGUCAUGAUAAACCCCCUUAUGCCGAUGGGAUUACACGGCUAAAACUGAUGGGUAUGAUCAUGAAUGAAACUUUAAGGUUGUACUCCCCAGCAUACUCAGGAUUCAUGCGUGAUGUUGAUAAGGAAAUCAGACUUGGGAAGUUUGAUUUGCCUGCGAGUGUCCAGUUUCACAUUCCAAUCAUGACGAUUCACCACGACCCUGACAUUUGGGGAGAAGAUGUUAAUCUUUUCAAGCCAGAAAGGUUCGCAGAAGGAGUUUCGAAAGCGACAAACAAUAACCCAAUUGCAUUCAUGCCCUUCGGGAUGGGACCCCACAUCUGUGCAGGCUUCAACUUCGCCAUAAAUGAGGCUAAGAUAACCAUUGCUAUGAUCCUUCAACGCUUCACUUUCAGGCUCUCCCCGGGCUAUGUCCAUUCUCCUUUUCCUGUUUUGGCAGUUAGGCCAGAGACGGGGGUUCAAGUUAUCAUCAAUGCACUGUAA